UUGGCAUUUUUAAGCUGUAAAAGAAAGAAACGGAAUAUUGAAGGGGAUUGACUUUGACUGAUUCAGUAUACAGAACAUAAAGCUUCCUUCCUAGCUAAGGCCAUUCUCUCUACUCCUCUGAAAGCCGAUCAAAGAAUUGGUAUCACCAUUCCUUUGAUCCACAGCGGAUGGCAGAAGCUGAUUCCAAACCUAUCAGCAUCUUAGUCUUCGUGAUGAUGGACGGUGAUCCAUACAGGUUGAUUUCAGCGAAUUCUAAUGAUACCAUAAAAUCUGUCCAUUACCAAAUUCGAGAGGUUUUCGGAAUUCCGCUUACCCUACAGAAAAUAUAUUACUUUGGGAAGAGGCUAGAGUGGUGCCAGACACUUAAGGAGUGCUCAAUUAAAAACUAUGCUUGUCUCCAGGUAGUGCUCCGAAAGGAUGGUGUAACUCGCCAGAAUUCUUCUGAGGCUUUAAAUUUGGUUUCACAGAUACAUGCUAUGUGCCAGAGGAAAUCGGUCGCCUUUGAUUAUGGAUGCAUAAGCAACAAAAUAAGAGACCUUUUCUCCAUUUUGAGGCAGCAGACGACGUUUCUUCUAGUUACUCUCCCUUCGUCUUUUGUUACGCUUUAUGAAAAUAUCGAAGAGAUUGGUGAUGCGGUAAUCAGAUUUUUCUUGGAUUCAUUAUUGAAGAUGAUGUUAGCAAAAGGUUGGCUUGAUAAAUGUGCAUCUAUACUUACACGAUUAUGCGUCUCUCUUCUGUCGUAUCAUGGUGAUGGUAACCACCUGUAUCUCUUAUGCCGCACUCAUCUAACAGAGUUGUUUGAAAAAGGUAAUUAUAAAAUCAAUUUCGAGUAUCUUGAAGACCCAAUAACAAGUAUUCUUUUCAUUUUUAGAGAAUUGGCAGAAAGCUUGCCUAGAGAUUUGGAUCGCAGGGCCACUCCAUCCUCAGGCGUCAUUGAUGUUCGUCACUUUAAGGCAUUUUCACUCGUUUUAUGUAAUACCAUUCAUUUGCGAGUGGAUUCCGCUUUACAAUACUAUCUGCGUUUUGAACCUACAUUUUCUGACUUGCUUUCAAAGACGGAAGCGUACCUUGCUCAUUUUGAAAAUUUCUCGUACAUGGAAUCUGCUUAUUGUGGAUAUUCUCAAUAUCUUACCAUUCUGAAGGCAUUGCAUGUGAUAUCUAAACUUUGCAAGAGUGGUGAAGAACGCUUUUGGAAUGUAUUAAGAAACAAAAGGCGUUCACUGUUAGAACUAAUAGCUAAAUGCACUGAUAGAACCAAUGAUCACUUGUGGCUACUCGAGCGAAAGGAUGUGAUGGAUAGUAAAUAUAGGAUGCAUUUAGCCAUGAUGAUGAUGACUGAGAUAAGAAUACAUGAUGUGGAGUUAUAUGAGAUGCUCGUUUGGUCUGAAAAACUGGACGCCAAUCUGUAUAUGGCAUUCAAAAAUCAGCAAAUUACAAAUCGUGAAGUACAACAGUAUUGGUUACGCCAGUUAUGUGGAGCUAUAUUCAAUCCUCAAAAGUCCCUUUUUCUGGCGUGCCCAAAUGAUCCUAAGAGGUUCUAUCCUAAUCCUGCAAUUGAGCCCAAAACCUUAGACCUCGAGUGCUUUAAAUUCGUUGGGAAGUUGGUUGCGAUAGCUUUAAUGUCUAAAAUACAAAUUGGUGUUGCCUUUGCCCAUGUGUUUCUUAUGCAACUGGCCGGAAGGAGGAAAAUUUCACUAGAAGCUGUAAGGGAUCUAGAUCCCUCCUUGCAUAGUUGGUGCAAGGAGAUCAUAGAUGGUGAGGUCAUUGACUCUGAAGUUCUAGAAUUCCCUGAAGCUUUGUUGGGGUGCCAAUGGAGCACAGAACUGAGCUAUGUGAAUAGCAAAAGUAGCAGGGAGGCUUAUGUUGAUCAUCUAAUUCAACACCGUUUUGUCGCAUCUAUCUCUGAGCAAGUAUCAUUUUUCAUGCAAGGAUUUGAUAGUGUUUUUGGUACAUCAAUCGGCAAGUUGUUGUCUGUUAAAGGACUGGAGCUUGAAGACCUUAAUGAGUCGCUGUGCGGAUACGUAAUUACUACAACUUUACAGCUCGACAAUAAAAGUAAUCCCCUGAUGUCUCGGUUCCCAAAGGCAUGGCAAUUUCCGAAAAUACAUGAUGCAAAAUUAUAUGAGAUGCUCAUUGUUUGGUCAAAAAAUCUGAGCAAGAAUCUGUAUAUGCAAUUCAAAAAUCAGCAAGUUACAGAUCCUGGAGUACUGCAGCAUUGGUUAUGCAAGUUAUGUGGAGCUAUAUUCAAUCCACAAAACCCCCUUUUCCUAGCGUGCCCAAAUGAUCCUAAUAGGUUUUAUCCUAAUCAUUUAUUUAUUUAUUUUUUAUUUAAAUACACAGCAAUUGAGCUCGAACCCUUCCACUUCGAUUGCUUGGAAUUUGUUGGGAAGUUGGUUGCAUUAGCUUUGAUGUACGAAGUACAAGUGGGUGUUGCCUUCGCCCAUUUGUUUCUUUUGCAACUGGCUGGAAGAAGGAAAAUUUCACUAGAAGAUGUAAAAGAGGUAGAUCCUUACUUAUAUAGUUGGUGCAACAAGUUCAUAGAUGCUGAGCUCAUUGACUCUGAAGUUCUAGAAUUCGCUGAAGCUGAAUUGGGGUGCCAAUGGAGCACAGAACUAAGCCACGUGAAUAGCAAACGUAGCAGGGAGUUUUAUGUUGAUCGUCUAAUUCAACAUCGCUUUGUCAAAUCUAUUUCUAAUCAGCUAUUAUUUUUCAGAAAAGGAUUUGAUAAUGUUUUUGGUACAUCAAUCGACCAGUUGUUCUCUUUUAACGGACGGGGUCUUAAAGACUUUAAUGAGUCACUAUGCGGAUGCACAAUUAGUGGAACUUCACAACUCAACAAGAGAAAAUUUUUGAACAAUGACUGCAAUAAAAGUGAUACCCUGAUGCAUCGGUUCCAAAAGGUAAGAAGACAGGGUCGCAAUAUUACAAAUUGGCGGAGGGGUGUGCGACUGGGGAGCGGGUCAUUUGGAUCAGUCUAUGAAGGAUUUGCGACUGAUGGAUUCUUCUUUGCUGUGAAGGAACUUCUAUUGCCAGAUGGAGGGAUUAUUGACCUACUUGAGAAAGAGGUUGAUUUAUUAUGUCAGCUCACCCAUCCAAAUAUAGUUAAAUACUUUGGCACAAGUAAGGAUGAAUCGAAGCUCUAUGUUUUCCUCGAGCUUGUAAGUAAGGGCUCCCUUGAAAAGGUUUAUAAAGAAUUUCCGCUGCAGGAUUCCCAUGUGUCUGUGUACACGAAACAGAUAUUGAAAGGCUUGAAUUAUCUCCAUGAGCGAAAUGUUGUUCACAGGGACAUCAAAUGUGCCAAUGUAUUGGUGGAUGAAAAUGGAUGUGUGAAAAUCGCAGAUUUUGGAUUAGCAAAAGUAACCAACUUAAAUGCAAUCAUUAAGUCCUGCAAAGGGACUGCAUGCUGGAUGGCUCCUGAGGUUUUUAAUAGCAAGAUAGCAGGAGGGUAUGGGUUUCAAGCUGAUAUAUGGAGCGUUGGGUGCACUGUAUUGGAGAUGUUAACCGGAAAACCUCCAUACUCUGAUUUGGGUUUGGAAAAAGGUCAAUUAAUUUAUCGGAUUGGAAAAGGCCACCGACCUUCUCUUCCUGAUUCUCUGUCAGAUGAUUCGCGAGACUUUAUCCAGCAAUGCCUACAAGUUAAUCCAAAGGAUCGUCCCACUGCUGCUGAGCUUUUAGAACAUCCAUUUGUAAAUAAAUAGGUGAAUGCUUGCAGGCUGCAGCGACUCUCGUUCUUGACAAAUUUGUAUUAAUUUCAGCUUAAAUUGUGGCAGCUGAAACGUGAUCAGCUGUGAGGAAAUUUUUUUUUCCAAGUUCUUUUAUUAAUAUAGAAAUCCUGGAUUUCUAGGUCAGUUCUUUUUUUCUGUUUCAUUUGUUCAAUUGAGACUCAACUAUGGAGACAGACUCUUCUAAAUCA